AUGGCGACCUGUUCCACGAACCCGCCGCGCUAUGCUGAGAAAGCGCAAGUAGUCCUUGUGAAGAAGAGCCCCAAUGCAGCAGAAGUCAUGUCGUUCUUGUCGUCGUGUGGACCAUUCACGUGCAAGCAAGUUGACAAAUGUCCUGUGGAUUUGAUGUUUUGUGCACAAGCGCGGACGUUCCCUGCCAUUCCGUUCAUGUUUAUCACUUCUGCUACAAGUGACGUCGUCGCCGUCACCAAAGAGCGUGCGCGGCACGCUACGACUCUGUUUCCGUUCGUGCACGCCAUCAUCCUGUUUCCCUCGGCCCUUCCCCCGCGAACAUUUCGUGAGCUUCAAUCCAUUCAUCUCAACCAAGACCUCUCCGACAAGAUACAGAUCGUUCCUGCGUCGUCCAUCGAAACCGCAGUGCACUUUAUGCUGUCAGUUCGAUCCAAGCAGUCAUUCCAAGCACAAGAACGCACGGCCGAAUUCUAUGCUCGUGUACGGUGACAGUGUCAUUCAGGUCUGAUUUGUGCCUGGCACUCGUAGUUGUGGGCACAGGUCGAGUCCAAAGCGCACACCGUCCGCAUUUUUCAGUCCAACAUGCCUUUUCUCCAUGAAGACGAGUGUGAAAUGCUUCUCGACGUGUUUGGUUCCAUUGCCGGUCUGUCUCGCGUGUCUGAACAAGACUUUCUCGACCAAACGGUCUUGGAUGCCGACGUUAUCAAGCUCCUUGUCGAGUACUUCGAGCCUGUUUCGUAGACGGUGCAUAAUGAAACGGCUAUGAAACUGCCA